UUAUGCUUUAUGCCGGAUGAUUCAUUUGCAGGCUCUCUUGAGAUUGGUCAUGUCGACAAAUUACGUCCUUACAGAAGUGGAGUCGUCCGAGACCAGUUUGUCCCACCCUUCCUGCACUUCAUUGCUGCUGAAGAUCUUGCCCUGAAGCUGGGCAGUACGAGGAUUCGAGCGAUGGACCACAACAGCUACCCAAUGAAGAAACUGGGCUACGACAGCAGAGACUAUGAGAGGGCAAAAGCCAACAGCUGUGGCUUUUAUGUCAAAUACUUUCUGCUGUCCAUCAGCGUCAUCCAGUUUCUGAUAAUCUUGGGGCUUGUUCUUUUCAUGAUCUAUGGGAACAAUCAAAGCAGCCAGCAGAGUCACUUAGAGAGUACUCAGAACCAAUCACUCAAGUUCAUUGACGAAAUUUACAAACUACACAUCAACCUAAGCAACCAGAAGAAGGAGCUGGCGUUUUGCAGAUCCAAGAGUGGCAACCUAACAAUCCAGCUGACAAAGAUUAACAGGGAUCUGAAGAGCUGCAGCAUCCAAAAGAUUAUGUUAAACAACACCAUCUCACUGGGAAGACUAUCCUGCCCCUACGUAUUUCCAGACAAAAGACCAUAUAGAAUCUUGGAUCCAUGCGAGACCUUGCGAGCAAAUUACUCAAAAGUCCAAAGGAUUCUUGUAGAUAUCAAAGCUGACAACGAGCUGCAGCAGGCCAGACACACCUUGGAACUAAUAAGGCUGAACAGUCAGCUAGCAGAUCUCAGAGGGAACUGCACAUCCAUGGGCAGGGAGUUCCAGACGGCGAUGGCGGAAACCAAGGCAAAAUAUGAAGCAGACUUCAGGCAAAUCACGGAAAAGAUAGGGGGGCACUUCGAUCCGAACCUGAGCAAAGUGUUAGAACAAAUAAGAGAAAACUGCACGCCAUUCUCUUCAAGCUUCCAGAGACAGCUCCAGGAGAAGGUGGACCACCUCGACACAACCAUCAAAAGCGCGUGGCGGACCAACCAUGAAAAAAGCUCAAUGAUAGCCACCUUUGAAAAGAUGAACGAGGAAUGCAAGCGAGAUCUAACAACCCAAGCCCGCCUAUUCAAAUUAAAGGAGUCGGAAAUGCAGGUAUUCAAGGAGAGAUGCCUGGAAGAGAAGGUUCUGCUUAUGGAGGAACGGAAUAAGUUGAGGAGACAACUAGCGGCCGUUGUUAGACCCAAUUUCCGUGAAACUGACUUCUUCCGCAACUCGGGGCUCAUCAAUAGCCCAUCGUCCUGCCGCAGUGAAAUGGUGGCCCUCACCAAUGAACAGGCGAUGCUGAUGAAUGAUAAAAGGAUGUUGGAAGGUCAUAAAGCAAAUCUUCAGCAAGAGUUGGAGAACCUGAAGAAGCAGCUGAGUGACCACACUACAAACUGUUAUAAUCUGAUAGAAGAACAAAAGCGUUUGGGUUGCAGAAUGUCAGGAUAAAUUGAAUGAAGAUACCAUGGUGAGCAUGAAGACAGAAGAGCAUCACAGUCUUGGACAGUUAGAGACUUUAAUCCCAUCUAUAUACAGAUACAUUCAGUGGAAUCCUAAUAUUCUGAUCUAUCUAAUUGGCAGAUUGAAAGUUCACACUGAGCCAAUUGUGUGGACGACAGUUCCCAAGAUCUCUCUCAUUAACAUCCACUGUGUGAUUAAGUGAGAGGUAGGAGAGGGAUUACGAGGGAUUGUUUUGCACAGAGGGUUUUUGAAUCUUGAAGUGUUCUGACCCAGAGAGUGGCUGAGGCAGAAACCAUCACAUCAUUUAAGAGAAAAUUCAAUAAUUAUUUGAGGUAGAGGCAACUGCAGAACUGUGGGAGAGUGGGCCAGUGGAAUUAGUUUGAGAUUGAUACUGCGUAAUGGGUAGACAGUGGAACAGUGGGAUUAGUUUGGGAUUGAUACCGGGCUAUGGGGAGAGAGCAGGGCAGUGGGAUUAGUUUAGGAUUGGUACAGGGCUAUGAGGAGACAGUGGGGCAGUGGGCAGUGGGAUUAGUUUGGGAUUGAUCUAAUUGAGAGCUAGCAUAGAUAUGAUGGGUCGAUCGGUGUCCUACAGUGCUGUAAAGGUCUCUGGUUCUGUUGCUGCAUACCUGCAUCGCGUGAACUCUCCUGUGCCAAUUAUACAGUUUAAUUCUCAACCCCCAUUAAUUUGUAGCUAUCUGGGGUCACUAACAGAUCUUGAAAUCCUGAUUGAGGCAAUGCUAAAAUAAACUUCCCUUCCAAACUUUCAAACUAUGAAGUUCAAACAACCUAAUGAAUAAGAAAUCUAAACAAAAACAGGACUGAAUUACCUGGGAAAUAAGGACCAGAGAUUGGCAGAGUUUCGUGCUGCAUCAGCUCCCAGAGCUAUAGGUUGAACAUGUCUGGUAUAAAUGAUUGCAGUAAUACUAUCUCAGGUAAGGUUUCGUUUGAGAAGCAGAAUUUAAUACUGGCUGGUCUAUGAGUAAUGAUCAGUAUAAUGGGAUUCCAUUGUGUUUGAAUCUGCAUUCAUGUCACUAUGAAUAUGUGUGUGUGUUGGUGAGAGUAUGUUUGUAUCAGUGUGUGUGUAAGUGUGUUGGUAUGUAUUAUCACGUGUGUGUCUGUGUGUGUUAGGUGUAUGUGUCUGUCGCUGUAAUUGUGUGUAAAUGUGUUGGUAUUUGUGCUGCUGUGAGAGUGUGUGUGUUGGUGUGAAUGUAUUUAUGUUGCUAUGUGUGUGUGUAAAGGUUUUGCUGUGACUGGGACUUGGACAUAUGUGUUUGUCGCUAUGAGUGUUUGUUGGUGUGAGUUUGAGUAUGCAUUGGUGUGAAUCUGUGUCACUAUGAGUAUGUGUUGGUGUGAGUCUGUGUUGCUAUGAGUGUGUGUUAGUGUGAGUCUGUGUUGCUAUGAGUGUGUGUUAGUGUGAGUCUGUGUCACUAUGAGUGUGUGUUGGUGUGAGUGUGUGUCGCUAUGAGUGUGUGUUAUUGUGGGAUUGAGUGUGUGUUGGUGUGAGUUUGGUGUGCGUUGGUGGGAGUCUAGUGUUGCUAUGAGUGUGUGUUAGUGUGGGAUUGAGUGUGUGUUGGUGUGAGUCUAGUGUUGCUAUGAGUGUGUGUUAGUGUGGGAUUGAGU